GCUUCAUACUCUCACACCAACAGCUUUUGAACCACGACGACAACUCACGUCCGAGAUGGCAAGCGUUGACAAGUUGACCACAGACCUGGAGUCUCUACAGGAAAAGUUGCAAGAAUUCCAAGACGCCAUCAAGACGGAUUUGGCUACCGAAAAUGGUAUGGGUUUGCUCCAAGUGAAGAAUCACGCCAUGAUGCAAUACUCCCAGCUGUCCUUGUACUACGCACUGCUCAAGUUGGAGUCCCCAGAUUCAGUGAAAGGCCACGCCGUGUUUAAAGAGCUGGUCCGAUACCGCACGAUCCUGGAGCGCAUUCGACCAUUCGAUCGCAAGUUGAAGUACCAAGUGGACAAAUUGUGCAAAAUGGCCGUGUCGGAUGCCAAGGACGUGGACGCAGCGUUGAGUUAUGCGCCGAAUCCGGACGCCAUGCAGGCUGCCAACGACGACGACGACGAGGCCGACGACGACGACAACGACGAGACCGACGGAAAUGCCAAGAAGGGCAUCUACAAAGCGCCGCGGCUGGCGUCGGUGCCGUACGAGGAGGAAGAGAAGGAGGCCGACAAACAAGCCAAGCGGGACGAGCGCAACCGCAAACGUAUGGCCAAGAGCACGAUCCUCAGCGAAAUCCGCGACGAGUACAGCGAACGCCCCGAGGAAGUGUACACGAGCGGCAAGACCAUCGACAAGGAAACGAUGCGCGAAGAACGAGAAAAGACCGACUACGAAGAAAGCCGGUUUGUUCGUGUGGUUACGUCCCGCAAGGACAAGGUGCGCAAGCGCCAGCGCGAGCGCGACGCAAUGGCGGCAGAUUCGAUCGGGAAGAUGGACAACUUUGCAGGCAUCUCGGACGCGUUGGGCGAGUUUGGAGGCAAACGAUUUGUGGCCGCGGCCCCGCAACAGAAGCUCGGCGGAAAGAUUGGCGGCAUCUUUGCCCAUGUCGACGUGGCGACCCCCAAAAAGAAGCAAAAGACAGCAGGAGGAGGAGCCGAUCCGACGAAGGCGGCGUCUGCCGGACACUCGACAGCAGCUGCACCACCAUCAUCAGCGACGUCUGUACGUGGAGGAGAAAAACAAAAAGUGCGAUUCAAUUGGUAGAGAUCUACGAACUAUUCCACUCAAGAAGGAAUGGAUAACAAGUUAUGUAUGGCACACCUGUUGGUGA